UAUGUUUUGCAGAUUUUGGUAGCAUACCAUUUUGUUCUCCUGAAGUUAAGUAUGUAUUAAUUCUGUAUUGGGUAAUCCUGUCAUCCAGUAUAUAUUGAUCCUGUGGUACACGAUGCUUGUAAUUUGAAUUUAGUACAUUGAAAUAUCCUGGAUAUAACAAAAACUCAAAUAUUACAAUACAAACCAAAUAAUGGCAGGUCAUUUAGAAAUGUUUUCGUUCGUAUAGUAUAUUUUAUGAUCAUAAUUCAUUGUUAUACCGCAAGUUUUUUUUGUUUAAUGUCUUACAACAUAUUAAAUAAAAGAGCAAGCAUCAUGUACCACAGGAUCAUGCUUUCAGGAUCAAGGGAUUAACUUGGAUACGUGAUGUAGAACUUUUACCAUUAUGCCUUUUAAAAUCAGUCAAAAGUCUUAACUUGUUUUACUUUAUCUCUUAUUAUAGGCCCUAUGCUUUUUUAAAAUAAUUAUUAUUGAAUACUGCAAAUACCAUUCACUUACCAACUUAAAUGUUGAUGGUAGUCCUUUCUAUGAAUAGGGUGUAAAAUGUUAAAUACGCAAUGUGAACCAUUUUACUUCUGUUGCUCAUGCAAAUAGUACAGUAUUUUGUCUACUUUCAUAGACUGUAAUUUAAAUUUAAAGGAAAACAUUAUUAAAAUAAAUAAAAUUGAUAAUACCAGAACCAGAAAAUAAUGAAAUUCUGUAAUUAAAAACAUUUUUCUAAGGAAAACCACACACAUACCUUGAGUUCCGUCAUGUUUGGUUGUGUGCGAUGUAGGUGCCAGUGAUAAGAAAUGACCUUGGUUGAUAACGUACAGUUGGAUGGAUGGCUAUCUGUCCAAAUAACCUGUGAGAGAUAUGUGUGGCGGAAUGUCUUGGCGCUUGUAAUGACUCCGUCGAAGUAGGCAGCAUGUCAGGUGUUGCAAAAAGCCUGGCUCAAAGGAAGCGCGACUUCUGGCAAUGGGUGGCAGGCAGCUACUCUGCGAUAUACGAGGCAUACUACAGGCAGGUGGACCCCGGCAACCAGGGCAGCGUCGAGGCUUUGGAGGCGGCGAGGUUCCUGAAGAGGUCGGGCCUCCCGGACGCCGUCCUCAGCCGGAUCUGGGACCUGUCCGACCCGGCCGGCAAGGGCUACCUCAACAAGGCGGGCUUCUUCCUGGCCCUGAAGCUCGUGUCCUUGGCGCAGUCCGGCAGGGAGGUCAGCAUGGUGAACGUGUCGCUGGACAGCCCGCCCCCCAAGAUGGGCGACGUGCCACCCGUGAUGCCGCUGCAGAACAGCAUCAUGUCGCCGCCGGUGGUCGGGGGCAGCGCCCUCGUGCCCAGCAGCGACUGGGCCGUGAAGCCCGCCGAGAGAGCCAAGUACGACCAGCUGUUCGACUCCUUGCAGCCCCUCAACGGCAUGAUCCCGGGAAACAAGGUUAAAGGUUUGCUGCUGGAUUCCAAGCUCCCGGUGGAGACCCUUGGAAAGAUCUGGGACCUUGCUGACAUGGAUAAGGAUGGAAUGCUGGAUCGUCAUGAGUUCAUGGUGGCGAUGCACCUGGUGUACAAGGCGCUGGAGAAGUACACGAUCCCCAGCGUGCUGCCGCCGGAGCUGAUGGCCCCGCCCAAGAGGAGGGACUCCGCCUCGCCCGCCUUCCCGGGCGGCGUGCCGGUGCUGCAGAGCUUCCCUGCGCCGGCCGACACCAAGCCCCCGCCCCCGGCGCCGACGGCGCCCCAGUGGGUGGUCAGCGCGGAGGAGAAGGCCCGGUACGACAUCUUGUUCCACCAGACGGACGUGGACAAGGAUGGAUACGUCUCGGGGCUGGAGAUCAAGGACGUCUUCCUGCAGUCGGGGGUGCCUCAGCCGGUGCUGGCCCACAUAUGGAGCCUGUGCGACAUGAAGCAGAUGGGCAAGCUGAACGCGGAGCAGUUUGCGCUGGCCAUGUGGCUCAUCAACCAGAAGCUGAAAGGCGUGGAGCCGCCUGCCGCGCUCGCCCCGGAGAUGGUCCCCCCCAGCUUCCAGCCCAAGCAGCCCGUUGACGGCAUCAUCGAAAACAACAAUGCUCCUUACUCUAAUCCCGAGCUCGACAUGAUAACCAGAGACAUUGAAGAGCUGGCCAAAGAAAAACACUUGCUUGAAUCGGACAUUGCGCAGAAGGAAGCAGACAUCAAGAUUAAGAACGGUGAAAUAAAAAGCCUACAGAGUGAGUUGGAUACCUUGGCUGCAACGCUGAAGCAACUGGAGAACCAGAAAGGGGAAGCACAGAAGAGGUUGAACGACUUGAAGGCGCAGAAAUCUUCAAUAGAGACAGAACUAAAUGACAUCAAGAUGCAGUUGGAAGAAGAGCAGUUGCAGGUGGACAACCUGCGGCGGCAGGCCGGGGAGCAGGAGGCGGCGCUGCGAGCCCAGGAGGAGGAGCUCAGCUCCAAGAAGACGGAGCUGGAGGGCCUGAGGCAGGAGGAGGCCCGGCUCGAGGAGCAGCAGAGGGACUUCCGCGGCCGGCUGGACGGUCUCACCCGCAACCUGCAGGACACCCAGCUGCAGAUCAGCCAGGCGAAGGCGAAGAUAACGGACCUACAGGAGCAGCACAGACAGAUGAACGACGCCAUCUCCGCGUACGACUCGGCGCUGUCGAGCGGGGACCUGUCCUCGCUGAGCGACACGAUGCUCAACCUCAGCCCCGAGUUCCGGAGCCCGGAGUUCUCCAGGAUAGCGCUGGUGAACGGGGGCAGCCCCGUCGAGAACACGCGAUCCUUGCAGAACAGUGCAGAUCCGUUUAGCAGUUUGAACGGGCCUGCAGACAGUGGGGGUUCUGGUUUUGGCAGCGAAGACCUUUUCAAGAAUGAUCCCUUUAAAAGUACAAACCACAAUUCCAAUGUUAUGAAUGCGUAUUCUGCAAAUGAUGCAUUCAGCUCUACAUUUUCAAAUAAACCCAAAGAUUCGUUUACUGCUGCCGAUCCUUUCAAUUCUUUCAGUGCACCUGUUUCAGCAGGACAAGCUGACCCUUUUGACCCAUUUGGAGAUGGCAAUAGUAAGGCAUCUGUGAAGUCUCCUGUAAAUCUGCCAGGAGAGGACCCGUUCGGCUGCGAGCCCUUCGAGGCGUUGCACCCCGCGAGUGCCGGCCCGCCGCCCCGGCCGGAGAGCCCCAGCCCCGCGCUGCCCCCCAAGAAGAGCAAGCAGCCGCCCCCGCGGCCGGCCCCGCCCCGUCCCCAGCAGCCCACGAUGCGUGCCGCCCCCGUGCCGCCCGUGCCCAGCGCGGAGCCCUUCGGCGACCCCGCGGACCUGUUCGGGGACGGCUCUGUGCCCGCCGUCUCCCCGCUGCCGCCGGCUGGCGACCCUUUCGCCAGCAGCGGCGGCGGGGGUUUCGCAGACUUCGCCAACUUCGAGAGCAAGUUUUGUAACGCUCCGGCGGAAGUGGUGGGGGGCCCCGGGAAGGGGGUCCCGCCGAAGCCUGCCGCCAGGUACGCCGAGAUGGAGUUCACCCAGGACCCCUUCAAGGACUACCGCUACGAGGACCCGUUCGAGAUCGCCGACCCCUUCGACGACGGGGGUGGCGCGCCGAGAGCGAACGGGAUCCCCCCGGAGGACCGGCAGAUGGCGUGGGCGGCCGCCGAGAGCCUGAAGCUCGAAGAGGAGAGGCGGAGGAGACUGCGGCAGGAGCAGGCGGACUUUGAGUACGCCUUGGAGCUCAGCCGCUCCGAGGAGCUGCCCAAGAAGGUCGGACACUGACGUUCUAGUCACCGCUAGCACGUAGGAUUCUCACUUCCAGCCUCGGUGCGAUCCCAUGACUGUGAAUUACGAUUCGUGUUUGGAAUUUAUCGAUGUUGAAUUUUUUUUUUUUCUAAGCCAACUUGAGGCCGUUUUAAGUAUGUAAUAAUUGAAAGUUGUACCAAAACAUUUAUGUUAAGGAUGUAUACAUUUUCAAUAUGACAAAGUCUAAAUCAAGUCACAAAUUAAAUUUGUGUAUAGUUGUGUACAGUUGUUGAUUUUGUAAAUAAUUAAUAUUGAUAUAAUAAAUUUAUGCAUGUCAUUGUUUAUCUUAGUCAUAAAUUGUUAUUUAAGAAUUACACUAUGGAAGUAUGUAUUCAUGGGAUGGAUAGUGACUUUGUUUUUUUGGUUUUUACAGAAAUAUUUUCAUGAUUAUUGUAGCUUCGCUACUGUUGUAUUUGUUUAGCCAAGCAAGAAUUAAAUAAUUUAGGUUUUCUAAAUUUAAAUUAUGUACUGGCAUAGUGAAGUCAUACUGUUAGUUUGAUAAGUUUGCAGUUGGUUUGCCUUAUAUAAGUUGUUCAUUUACUAAUUUUAAAUUUUUUUCAUGGCUUUUUUAGAUUUUCACAAUGUUUAGUGAUCUUCUUAAGGAGCCUGCCUACCUGAAAAGAAAAACAAGCAAAACAAUAUGAAUUUUAUCUAAAAAUAUUUUCGUGAACAUAUGCUAUUGCUGGUUUGGACUGGAUGUUGUAGAAAACCUUCAAGAUUAGACAGCAGAGAUAAAUACAUAAACACUCUGAGAACAAGCCAAUAUAAUGCAGGUGUCAAUUUACAUGCCUAGACAGCAGAGAUAAUUCCGUGGACAGAAUUUAGUCACAUAAAUUUAAAGUAGACACCAACAGUAUGCUGACAGCAGGAAUGGUAACUGUCUGGUCAUUGUCAUUUUAGGAACAAGAUUAUAUUGUGAAUUGCGAUAAAACCGAAAUAGCACCGAAAAGCAGUCAAUACACCAUAAUUAUAACACCAAAUUUCAAGUUAAUACACCGCAAAGCACCAAAAUGUAACUAAAAUCAUGAUACCUAUCAGUAUUUUCAAUUAAAGCUUAACUCUAAUAUCAAAUAUUUUAUCUUUUAAAUAUUAAUUUCAAUGAAAGUGUUUUAAAUUUAUUUACCAAGAUGAUUGUACUGCAAUUUAAUAAAAAAAAAAUGCUAAAAGUUUACCCUUUUUUUUUUUAAAUUUUGCAUAUAUUAUUACAUACUCAUUUUUACAUUACAAUCUUAGAACAUUUUCCAAACACCUAAAUACUUAGAGAUUUAUUUUAUUUGUUCUGAAAAGUUAUACAUGCUUAUCACAAAUCAUUAGUUUGAAACGUGCAUCAUGUAUCAGUCCAAAAAAAACAACCUUUUUUUUUUUUUUUUGGAGAAAUUAGUAUCAUGGAUGAUUUAAGUAUCAGAUUUGUUCAGUAAUAUGCUAUCUUUUUUAAUAAACAGAUUUCAUAAAAAUAAAAACAAUAACACCGAAAUCUCCUGUUUUGAAAACGAAAUUGUCCUGGAAAUAAAACAAUAAAAUCUUGACUGUACCCAUUAUGUUUCUGUGUGUGUGUUUUGUCUUUAAUAGUUAAUUCCUUCCGUGGAAAUAUCUAUGCUGUCUAUGCAUCUAACUUUCAACAUCUGCUGUUAUUGGCUUUAUUCAGUUUUUUUUUUUUUUAUUAUUUUAUUUCAUUUUAUUCUAGAGGUUUUUCUAAAACUAGUGUUAACCAGCAGUGCCAUAUGUCCAUGAAAUAAUUUUCAUUUGUUGUUUACCUUUGUUGGAAUCAUUCAGAGGGAUUAUUUAUUUGUUAAAUACUUCAGGUAUGUUUCAGCUCACUCUCAAAAUAUUACUGUCAAGUGAAAACCACACUCUGCAUUGGGAAGAUGACAUUUCUAUUAAAGAAUUAUUGUUAAAAGUUAUUUUAGGUUUGUGUUUUAAGUUUUAAAUGUUAAUGACACAGUAUAGUAAUAUAGCAGUGUUUUCUUUGCGAUGCCAAGUGUGUGGUUUUUGUUUCAAAGUAAUAUUGCGGAUGGGGCUUACUCACACCUAAAAGACACGUAAAGCCAUCGCUAAUUCAUCCCUUGUCUUAUGGAAAUGUUGAUUAGAUUCUUAGAUAAAUGUAGCUUUAAGUGUAUUUUGUAAUUGUAUAUAUUGUAUACUGUAUGAGAUUUAUUGUAAAAUUUCUUUGUUUUGUUAAAUUAUGUACAUACAUGAAUGCCAAGAUAUGAGAUGUUGAUAUUGUUGUGUUUAAUAGAUUUCAUAGUUACAUUACAUGUCAAAUAUAUACCACAAGUAUUAUUAAAUUUUACUUUUUUUUUCCUUCCUGCUUUAUGUGUAGUAGGUAUAUUUAUUGUAAUUUUUGAAUGCCAUUGCUAAGUAUCCUUUUGUCCUUACUUAAAUAUGUUAUGAUUGUUUUUUAUAUAAUUUUUAUUGGUGCCAGUGUUUAGUGUUCACCAACUAGGGCAUUUUCUAAUGAAUGUGUGAGGCUUGCUUUAAGUUGGAUUUGAGAUCAAUUACAAUUCUUUAUUUUGGAGAAUCUGCACACAUUUAUAGGGGCUGGAAAAAUGAGCAUCUAUUUUUUUUUUCCUAAUUAGCAUUUAUGAUUUUAUAAAUAUGUUAUUGUAAAAUUAGUUUUUUUGCUCUUAUUAUUUACAACCCAAAUGUUUGAAAACUCAAUAUUAAUGCAUACAAAUACUACCUACAAAACACAAGUAACACUCAAUUACAAUUUUUCGCAAAAAAAAAAAAAAAAACUAUUUGUUUAUUCCUUUCUAGAUUUAAGUCACAAAAAAAUUCAAAUGCUGAUGUUCAAAAAAAUUGGUAGUGCAAUAUGUUUGCAAACAUUAGUCACAGGUUUAAUUUAUGUAAAAUUCACAAAUCAAUUGGAUUAAUUGAAUUUAUUUGAGGAUGAAAUCAAUUGGAUUAAUUGAAUUUAUUUGAGGAUGUCUCAAAUGCAUUUAACAUGGCUGCAUCACAGACAUACGGCAAUAUCACAAACUAGUGUACAGAAACAAUUACCACAUGGCCAUGGGUAAAGUGUAACAUUUAAGGGAAUGCAAGUGUCUAGUCCUGCUGUGGUCACUACUGUAAUUAUCUUCAAACUCCCGUUAAAGUAAACUGCAAGAGUGCAAUUGGUUUUGUUUUUAUCUUUCGUCCUAAAAGCUACGGCCACACAGGGCGCUAUGCUCGCUAUGUUUGAGAUGUUCGCUACGCGAGUGAAAUACAGCCAGCUGCAUCUCAGGUGUCGUUGGCCACUCAAAGCUGUGUUCACUGUGUUAACGACUUCGCCAGGUGAUUGGUUCUCGGCUGACUUUGCACAUGCACAGAUAAACAAAAAAAUUUGCGUGGGAUUAUGCUAUACUUCUGCGUUUGCUUUUUAUGAAAUUAAAUUCCUCUCAGUAUUGUGCUUUUAAUUGUCAAGUCAACAGAAAAUUUAACUGGGUAAAAGAUUACGAAAAUAUUCAUGUUUAUGGAAUAAAUCGAUGGAAGAAUAUAGAAGGCAGAAAAUGCAGGAAAAUGCUUGGGAUUUGAUUCCAAGGGAAUGCUAUCAUAUCAAACUGAGUUGAAUUUAUCCUGAAAUAAUCCAUAAAUUUGGUUUUGUCCUCACGAGCAAUUGCUUCAUCAAAUGAUGAAAUUCUUCAAAUUCUUUUGUUUUUAUACUAAAUUCAUGAACCCAUUUAUUUUUUGUUUACAUACUGUGAGAGCCAGCAGAAUAUUGUCUUCGGAAUCAUCACUCAAAUCACAUGGUAUGUGUGUCUCCAACAUCGUGAACUAGAUUAUCCUGUCUGGCCACUUGGGGCAGUGAACAUCGCGAACAUAUUGUAGCUUUCUGUGUGGUCUCAGCUUUGGGCUGAAACUCUGCAACAAAUAUGGUGGUGUGUAGUAGUUUGUGUAUUGACUGAAGUGCUGAUAGUCUUAAGUAACAAACAUACAUUAAAAAAUAUAUUUAUUUUGAAUGAUUCUGGCAAUGGAGAAGAUUGAUUUGAAACAUUUUUAUGGGUUUCAUUACUGGUAUUCAGUGAAUGUUGUAGAGAAACCACAAGAAUGGACAAAAAAUUAAUACACAAAUGCACAGAUUUUGGUUGUUUUUCGGCAUGUUUGUGUACUAUAUUUAUCUUGUCCAUUCUUGUUGUUUCUCUAUUAUAUACAGUGAAAACCAGCAAUUGGGUAUGUCUGUAAAAAUGUUUAGAGAUAAAAAAUAUUUAAUUGUACAGUAGAAUCUCGUUAUAGCGAGCACGGUAAUAGCGAGAACACGGCUAUAACGAGGUAUUUUUGAGGAAUUUACGGCGUGAUAGCUUGAAGCGCGCUUUUGUUAUUUGUCUGCUUUAUCUCCACCCCUCUCGCUCGCCACUAGACAUCUUGCCGUUGACGCCUGUCACAUUCUUCAGCCGUGCAGUCGUCACCUAAGUGCGUGGCUUUAAAAAUUGAAUCCCAUCCUUUCUUUCUUUUAUCAAACUUCCGUUAGUUAUUUGUGCCGUGUGUAGACAGAGUUUGAGAUUGGAACAGAAACAACGUAAAAGUAUUUUUUACAAAUUAGAAAUAUGUAUGUUUUUGUUUUUAUAAUCUCGUAUUUUCACUUUUUUUUUUUUUUUGUUAUCUUAAAAGAGAUAAUAUGGAAAAGCCGCUCUAAUGAGAAUUAAAUGUUUCUUGGUUAACAAAAACUAUUAAUUAUCAAAUAUUGUUAAUUGUUUAUAUUCUAUUUAUUAUUAUUUACGCGACGUCAUACUGUACGCGUACGCAAUACGACUGGAUUCGUUGCUGCAACAUAACAUAGCAUGUUAUGUGGUAUCAGAAGUAACGAGUUACGUAACGAUAGUAGCGAGUACUAAUUGUUAUAGUAACGAAUACAUACGGGUACGCAUUUUUUCGUUACUUUUACACCUCUAGUAGGCACUACCAUAUUUAUUUCCGAAUCGCUAGGGCAGUUUUCUAGUAACUUUUGUUGGGUGGUGAUGGUUUGAGUUUAAUGCCAAAUUUAUUUCCUAAAAAAGUUGACAGGUUAAUUUAAAUGAAAAAAAGUAUAGUUUUCCAGCGACUAUUACGUUUGAGGUGUACGUGCGUUGCCGCAGCCGCACUCCUGCUUUUUUGUAAGGAAUUACAGACCUGCCAACUCUCACGAUUUUGGUGUGAGGCUCACGAUUUUAAGGUCCAUCUCACGCCCUCACGCCAAAAUAGUGUUUCCUCAUGAUUUUUCGGGGCCCCAAGAUUUUGUUUGUAAAAGUUACAAAACAAGUUUUACGAAAGCUUACAGUAACGAGUUUCCAUCAAUAUUCGAGUCACGUAAAGGAAGCAAUUUUGCGUUUUGUAGCGUGUGCCGUGCUGAUUUUUCUAUCUCGCAUAGUGGAAGAGGAGACAUUGUGAAACAUGUCGCUACAAAAAAAAACACAACUAACACGUGAAGUGUAUUGCUUCCAAUAAAAAAAUUAAUUUUGCUGUGAACUGUGAUGAUAGUGUUAAACGAGCAGAAUGUUAUUUUACAUCUUUUUUUAGUUGCGGCCCUGCAUGAUCACUACACGACAGCGCUAAAUUAUGUUCAACUAAAUUAAAUCUGCAACCUAUAAUUUGUUGAAAUAAAUUUUGAAGUAGAUACCAUGUAACAUAUGUACAGGUAUGUCACUUAAAUUUAAAGAUUCUCAUUUGUUGUUUUUUUAUAUCUAACCUGUUUUAUGGGCCUGAAAAUUUUUAUCGAGGACCUCAUGAUUUUUUAAAUUUGAAUGUUGGCAGGUCUGGAAUUAAAUCGUCGCGCUACACUAGCACCACCUGUUAGCUACAUCCCGAACCAACAUGGCCGCCAGCAGACAGCCCACGUCGACGAUAGAUAGCAGGACAAUGCUGCGUCGGCCGCGGGCUGAGAUGCUAUACUUAUGUGGCGUGGUAGGGUAUUUUGGUUAUUUUGACGCAAUCGGUGAUCGCAUCCGUACUUAUGGGGUAUCGUUUUAAAGAGAAUUCACACAUCUGCUCACAGAAAUUAAGAUUUCGUUAAUAUAACCUGUUAUUUUCCAAUUAUACAGGUUUAAACACAAUUUUUAUGCUAUUUUUGGUUAAUUUUUAUUUUUUUGGGGCCAAAAAUUGUCCAAUUCGGUUAUAGCGAGGAUCAAACCCGGAACCGUGACACCUCGCUAUAACGGGACUCUAGUGUACAUGCUUUGUGUGUCUGCCAAGUAAGAAUAUGGGGUCAGUCGGGGUUGUUUCUUUCCAAUUUUGGAAAUAAAUAACUAAUGUGUUGUUGCAUUUAUAAUGGGUAUUUUAUACAUUAACUAAUUCAAAUAAAAAUAUGCUGUUAUCAAAAAAUUAUCACAAAAAAAAAUAGAAUGUAAAAUGUACAUUAACAAACAAAAUAGCAUCUAUAGCAAGAUGAUAUUCUUUUCUGGCCCCUAUACAUUAUACCCUCGGAAGAGAGCCAUUUAUUUUGCACAGUUUCCUUAUUUGAUCAUUUUCUGCUCAUCAGCCUUGAGCGAACCAUGCAUUUUGAUUGGAGGUCUGCUUACUUGUAAUAAAACUUGAGUAUUUGUUAACAUGAGUACUUUAUAAUGCUCGCUAGUGUGAUCUUGCUGAUGAUGGGUGUUCCACCGAAAAGUUAAGUGGAGCACUCGACUGCGUGCACCUAGUUUAGAGCGGUGGUACGGUGACUUCAGAAUUCCAGACUCCGCAUCGUCAAGAAAGUGACAUAGUUGCAGACGAAGAAGAAGAAGAUGGUGCCAAGACAACUUCAGUCAUGUACAUCAACUGAUGCACUCAUCUGCUUGCAAGAUCGUCACAAAUGUGACUUCAGUUAAGAUUUAACAGAUUAACAUCAGAAAAACUAAUUUUAAAAUAUUUAAAAAAAAAUUGCAAUAUAUAAUGAAAAGUAACUUAUGUAUUCCUGUAAAUGGAAUUAAUUAAUAUUGAAGGAUACAUCUAAAGUUAGUCUUUAAUGUAUUUGUGAAAGUUUUGUUUAAUAGCAGUCUUAUAAGAUGGUUAAUGAAUUUUUUUAAUGCUAUACCUUUAAUUUAACCCUUGCACCCUUGCGAAGUAUUAAAAAAAAAAUCAUUUAAAAAACGUUGAUUUGUAUUGCCAGUAAUGUUGUAACAAUGUAUUGCUAGAAAUUACUCAAUAUAGGUUUGCUUUCGAAAUAGUUAACCAACUUUCCACUGAUGCCCUACAUGUCAAUGUGAUGCACAGUGUGUGAUCUUUAAAGUUUGAUAGAUUUCUAUAAUUUCAAACCAGUCAAAUUCUUACGUUUUUUUAUCUUAUAUAAAUUUAUAUGUACCAAAGAGUAAAAUUUUAUUUUAAAGUGGAAUGUAAGAAACUGUAGGUAUAUGAACUGUACUUGGUUCUACAGUAUUUUUCUUUCGUGACGAUGGACAGCUACACAAUUUAAAGAUUCUACAUUAGGUAUUUUUGUUUUGCAAACAUUUUUUAGCAGCUUAUAUCUAGAGAUGUUCAAAGAUUCAUAACCUUAAAAAGUUUGCAUUUGGGUGUUGGUUAAAAUUUUAUAACAAAAGGGGUUUUCUUUGUUUGUUUGUUGAUUCAACUAGAGUAUCCUGCUGCAAAACAAUUCAUUUUGAUGUGGCAUGAUGUGAAUCCAAAAAAAAAAAAAUUUUGGUCAGUAGAUGACACUAAAGUUGGAUAAUGUACCUGAAGAAGAGGUUACAGGUGUUACAGAUAGUUUAAGGGGACCACCUGGCUGGGCCGAGAGAGCUCUAAAAGCAUGAUAGCAUCAAGUGUGAUGGUGGCUCGCGUUAUCAAAUGCCACUACGCAGUCUUUGCAUCGGUAACAUUACUGUAUGGGACUUACACUAGUAGAUUAAAAAUUAAAAAUAAAUGUAUGCUCAUAUACAGCUUAAAAUGUUGUGUAUUAAAUUUCUGUUUUAAUUUGUAUCGUAGGUUUUGUUGUUUUUGUCAUCCAAAAAAGAUUACACCCGUAGGACCAUGGAAAUGUUUUUCAUAAACAGAUAUAUCUUAUUAAUCUUGAGCAGUUUGUUACUGGCUUGUGGUACGUUUGGUGCUCUGCACUCUAUUUAGUGGCUCAGCCAGGUGGUCGCAUCCCACAGAGUUGGAAGGUAUUCAUUUCUUACGUAUGUUGUGCUAUGUUUGUGGGAACUGUAUUAGAGGAAUCAAAUUAUUAGCUCAGUGAAUGUGUUUAUGGGUGGUGCUAAUGUUCACUCCAUUUAAUUCAUCCCACUGUGUGAGCACAAUUUGUAAAACCUGACGUCUUGUUAAUGUGCGACAGUGAAGGUCAUCUUUGAAGUAACCUUAAUAUGAGUUUGAAGUACAUAUUUGUACAUAAUGCAUAUCAAAUAGUACAUAAUGUAGUCAUUUAACAUUUUUUUUGUAUCUAUAUAAUUCUAUUUGUGACAUGAACUUUGUAAGUUAUAAUUUUUAUAAACUUUAAUGGGUAUUUGUCCCUGUCAUUAUGAGUUCUUCAAAUUUCUAGCAAUAGCAUGCUGUACCUCCCAGCCAUUUUAGACCUGUUAAUUGACUUGAAAACUGUAACACCUUUAAAAAAAACACAUACAUGUAAUUUAUGCUGACUUACAAAAACUUUGGCUGGAUAAUAGUUUAAAAUUAAAGCUUUUAGAAAACUGUUGAGGGUAUAUGGGCUGUGGUCAACUUAAAACUCCUGGCAUUUUUAUUUGUAUUUUUAGUGCCAGCUGGACAGUUGUUUGUGAACCUUUCAUAAGGUGCUUACGAAAACCAACCUCAUUCAUUAGGUUAACUCAGUUUACUCGAUCAUGGUGGGUUAACCGUCCAUUACUCUCCAAACAAGUGAACUUAUUUUUUUUUAACACAAAUUUUGGAAUGGUUGCAUUUCGUAAAUCAGGAUGAUUUUUAAUGUUUUAUGUGUUAUGAUACACAGUUGAAUUUUAUGAGAAUUUUCAAUAAUAUAUUAGUGUAUUUUGUUUACAAAAACCAUGAAUGACCAAUUUUUAUUUUCAUCAAAAUGUUAGACUAUAUAAUUUAUGAUCUUGUCAAAUACUAUUACUUGAAGUAAUUUUUAUAUUGGUUUCCAUUGUCUGCCACUCUUUUAAGUAUUUUGUUAUUCAAUUUACUCAACUUACCCUACGAUUGUGCAAGGUUAACCCUAGGUUAUUGAGUAAAGGGUCGAGUGAACCUGAUACUGAUUAUCGAAUGUGGGUUAAAUGCUCUGGGUUACUCAGAUUGAACUAACAUGGAAUGCUUGGGUGGGGUGGGGGGGCAUUUCCCCCUUCCCUCCCUCAAAAUGAAAUAUUGCAUAUUCACCUGGUGGUAAGGUUUUUGUAAGCCCCAAUUAUUUAUAAAUGGUAUUUGCAGAUCGAAAGCUUUAAUUCAUACGUUAUAUGUAUUUACUGUUAAAACCUUUUAAAUUCCUUUGGGUAUAAACUAGACUGUAUGUAUCUACGUAUCUAGUUGUUCCUUUUCUGAGUGGUUUUGAAGAGUAAAAGAUUAAUUAUGUUAUGUAGUGUCACUCUUCAUCUCUUCCAUUUACACAUUCAUCACACCGGUGUUCCAUGAGUAGUAAGUAGGGUAGUGUUGGUCUCUAGUUGUACAGAGCUCUCCAAAUUACACAUGACAAUACAAUCUUAUAACGUUCUUUAUGUAAUAGUGUGUGAUAUAAUCCGAGGAUUGGCAUAAAAUAGCUUUAUAGACUGUUAAGAGAAUAUUAAUUUUGUGCUGUGAAAUGUAAUUGUGUGUUACCAGUAAUAAGCAUUUCAACAUAAAAUGUAUUAUAAGAAUGUGUGUGUAAUGCAUACUUUUUAUUCAGAAUAAAUAGUGUGCUAUAAAAAUAGAUUUUCGACCCAGAUUUAGGCUAAAAAUUAAUAAUAUGAAAAUACUCAUAUGAAAUUUGCUAAAUUAUCGAAUUUUUAUUCCCUUUAUUUACAGCAGUUUUACUCACAUUUUUAAACAAUUGUAAUGUAUAUCUUUAUUCGGUACUAUGUCUUGCUACAGAAUUUUUAUUUUACUGUAUGUUGAUACCUCUACACCAUACGAGAAUGAUGUACACAAGGAGAGCGAGGAAAAUGAAUGCAGUUUAAAAAAUACUACUUUCCCCAUAUGUAAAUGCUUUGCAUAUUAUGAUAAUACAUAGUUAAUUACAGGGAUUUUUAACUGAUUGUGAAAUUCUUUAGAUUUGCCACGUAAGUGAUCCUAACAGUUUCACUACUGCAGGGUCAAUUUGUGUAAUGAAUUAUUAGGGGUUUUUUUUCCAGUGGUAUCUUGCUCUAGUAAAUAGUUGGCACUAUCGUGUCCAAGCAAAUUGUGCCAGUAUAGACUAGUGCUCUGGGUGUUUCUCAAAAUACAGUAUUCUAAACAUAUCUAGAUCAAUGUAUAUACAUGUGUUUGCUUGUAAUUAUGAGCAAUUGAGCAUGUACAUACAGUUGUGUGUAUCAUGGAAAUAACAUGUAUCGUGUUAAGUGUCUUGAGUUACUUGUAUUUUUACGAGGGCACAAUAAUGAGGUACAUGUGUUUGGCUGGAGAGUGGAUGACUGAAGUCUUUGCUGUAUGUUUGUGUUCUCACGUACUCUGCGAGAGAGCGCUUAGUAGUGUGCCUAGCCGAGGUGGAGGUAUUGUCUGGUCGCCAACGCAAAACACCUUUGUUCAUCGGUUUGCAAGUAAAGCUGUACCACUCUAGCAACAUCUGGAAAAUUCUGCAUGAAUAAUUUGAAGGUGUUGCAGGAGUUUUUUUUUUUUUUUUUGUUCUUUUAAAAAUUUCUUAAGUCAUCUAUUCAGAAACUUUUUUUAUAUAUAUACACAUAUUUUAGCUUUUGGUUUCAGUCUGUGAGUAAUGCAGAUUUAUUGAUAACUUAGUCAGACAAGUUAUGAAAAAAAAAAUUUUUGUGACAGUGUGCUUCCACAUAAUCUAAUUAAUUGCCUUUCUACAUGCGAAGAUGUAAAUUUGAGGUAAUGGUGGCGGUAAUUUCUACUGUUCAUGAAUUUUUCUGAUAGGCAUAACCUUCCUUCACAUUCCAUUCAGAGUAAGUUCUUAGGCUGGGUUUUAAAUUAUGCGAGAACACAGGAAUCAUAAAAAUUUCCGUAACUACAUUUUCAAACACGCAUUCAUAAACUAUGAAAGAUGCAAAAACACAAGUCAAGCAUAUGCUAACUUUCAACUUUUUGCAUUUCCAUCUUUCAUAUUUCAAGUGAAGUGUUCCGAAAACUUUUAAAGAUGAGUAACCAUGAGAUGUCAGAGGUUAGCCUGGUAUUUUCUCAGUUGUGGGUAAUUUUUAUUGCUCUGUUGUGAUACGACAGGAGAAAUUUGCAGUAGACUGGUGACGGUAUUGUCUGUGGAACCUGCUGUAGCCAAAGCAUGAAUAUGUUGUAGCAUAGUAUAUUUCAUAAACAGUGUCAAAAGCUGUAUACAUAUUACAAUGGGCUUAGUUUAUGUUUAAACUUAAGCUGUAAUUACUACACUGAAUAAAUAAUUUUAUGCAAUAUGAUUUAUUGGUAACAACUGUAUCUGCUUAAUGUGAACCAUGAACAGAUGUGAUGUAGUCAAGUUACAGGAAGUUAGAGAGUUCAAAUAUAAUACAUUUGUUAGGCCUGUGUGAACAUCAUUUAUUUUAUGCAAAUCGAAUAUUUAGUAUAUUUGCAAAGUCAAAUUGAGUAGUUUUCUUGGCAAGGUGGUAUUACACUAAUUUUGUAUAAAAUACUGUAAUGAAGUAAACAAUAUUUUAAUGUUUGUAAUGAUUAUAAAAGAAAUGACACUAUGUUUAACACCAUUCAAUAAAAAUAAUAAUAACCAUGCAUAUUUUUUUUGCAUUCAUAAAAGUAGAUGUUUGAUUUUUUUUUUUUUUUUCAGUAACUGACUUUAUUCGCAGCAAAAAUAUAUAUAAUUCGAAAAAAUAAUUCUUUUUCAUGCUAUAAAAAAUGUGUGUUAAACAAGGUUUUUUCCCAUUUAAAAAAAUGACAUUUUCAAAUGUCACAUGAAGUACUAAAAUAUAAUCUUAAAAAUAUUGUAAAAUUUAUAUUAACCUUUGUAAUAAACAAAAAGCUAUCCCAUAAUUAAAAUAAAUACUAAAAUAUAAAAAAAUUAUCAGCUGAAACCCUUUAUUGUCAGACAGCUUAUUAUUUUGUUGGCCCCAUACUGUGUAUUGGAACACUAAAAGAAUGAAAUUGAUAUCCAUAUUUCUUUGCUUACAGUGUGACAUGUAUCCUAGGUUGGUGUUACUUUAUAAUAAGCAUAAAUGUAUAACAUGUGUUCUGAGAAAUAUGCUUUAGGGAAUGUUAAACUGUGAUUUAAAUGUCAAACGUAUGUUAAAAAACUGUGAAAAAUGGAAAAAGUAAAAAUCAAUGUGAAUAUAUUUCCUCAUGUUAAUGUGGCUGAUCAUACCACUCAAACAACUCUUUACUUUAGUUAUGAUCAUCUGCACUUGUGAAAUUAAAAAGCAAAAUUUCAAAACUAAAAAUUGGGGCUUAUAACUGAGAAGCAGCAGUUCUUAGGCAUUCAGUUUUUGUUGCUAAAGCUUAGCAACAAACUCUAAGCUCUCCAUCACAUUUGAAGCUUCAAAUAGAAUAGAAAAUUUACUAGCAAAGUCAUAUUAAAUAUUAAAAAGAUCUUUAAUGAUUUGCUCAGUUGAAUUAUCGCACAGGCCUAAUAGAUAUUUAAAUCAUAAUGCCUUUAUCAAGAUCUAUCUUUUUUUGUGUAAAAUUAUGAAUGUAAAUAGAUCCGUACAUGCCUUGUUCCCUGGACUAUUAAUUAGUUUUACUAAAUACAGUAAAUUUAUAAUUGUUUAGUAUAAAAUUUAUAUUGUAAGGAAAUAUUUGGAGUAUAAAUGUCACAAGUGAUGUCAUAAUAUGACAUGCGUUAUGAUUUUGGUGUUAUACUGUAAAGGCUAAAUUAUAUGGAGCAAAAAUCCUUAAAAUAUUAAUAUGUAGUUAAUGUAUUUUAUAUUUUGGUAACUUGAUUGCAUGUUUUGUACAAGCUUUGUUCUUUGUGUGUAUAGCACGUAGUUUUGUCGACAUUUUCUUUCCAAUUCUGCAAAAAUCAUAAACUAUAAAAAUACGAAGGUUUUUUGGUAGCCUGUAUUAUGGCAUCACAUAUUUUACGUUCAGAGAUGACCACUGGUGUCUCAUCUUAAUAAAUAUCUGCUCAUUUUUGCAAGCACAGUUUGUGUGUAACAUUAGGACCUUGCAAUUAGUCGUAUUACGUUAUAAACUUAUAAUGAAAUAUCUGUUUCUGUUAACAUAAUAUUUUCCAGGUUGUUUCUUUUGAUAAAGAAUAAGUAGGUAUCGUACUUCUACUGUUGAGAUGUAUUUUUGUUUGUUUCUCUUAUAAUGCUCGAUGCUCAUAAUAAUUACAGUAUUGCUAGAGUUCAGUUUAUAAUACAUACACGUACUACAUCCAAAUGUCUACCGCUCCAUGAACGGCCGAGACUGUGUAUUCCCAUACCUUACUUAAUUCUUCGCCUUUUGAAUUUGAUGACACACACUUUCCGCGUAGCACAUAACUUCGCAGUAGUCUUGCACAAUUGAUGUGUGCACUGCAGUGUUUUAAUGAUUCUAAAUUAAAAUUAGGGUGCUGUACACGGAUGUAUUAGGCAUAGGCUAAUGAGUAGCUGCUUAUUGUACUUGACUAUGUUUUCCUGCAAAAUAUUUUACACUCUUUUCUCUUCCUUAUUACUUUAAAGCUUAAUGCAAACAUUCCUUAUUAUUAUAUUUUGAAUUUUUUUUUUUAAGUUGUGAUAGUUGUAAUGGCCUUGAAGAAAAUUUUAAAGGGCAAAGUGAUUGUGAUGUUGACAGCUGAUUUGCUAAGAGGUAAGGUAGAUUUUCAAUGAUCCAUCACUUCCAUCCAUUACCAGUCCGUCUGUCAACUGGCUGACAAUUUCAUAGCACUCUGCAUGUUCUUCGCAAUAUUUUUCUACUUGGACGCUGCCAAUUGACUAGAAGGCUUAAACUUUAGAUAAAAUUUCUCUUAUAAAGUUACAUUAAUUUGACAAUCAUGUAAGCAAAUCAUUUUUUUACUCAAUUUAUUCACAAUGACAUUUUUUUUUUUUUAAUAUUUUAAGUUCUAUACAUUAGUAAUAACAUUUAAUGGAAGCAGCUAAACAAAUAAACAAACUUAACCUUUCAAGAUAAUGAAAGGUGCCGGCAAUAUAUUGCAAACAUUUUGGAGGUUAUUAUUUCAUCUGUCAAAAGUUAAAGUUUGGUAAGGUUUUGACUGAUAUAAUUUUACAGGCUUUCCGAUUGGCUUUGAGGUCACGUGAUCGAGAUGGACGGAUGCAGUGGAUCAUUGCGAGUCCAUCUUUACGAUGCAUGUGGUAGAAGCUGGCAGUGCAACCAAUGCCUUCCAAGCGCACAACCAGGUGUACUUUUAGAUCAGCUUCGUUCUGCAGAUUGAUUUAUGAUUAUUUAAGCACACGGCUUGUACAUUCAUGGAUCAAUCUAAUUAUGUGUAGUACAUUUGUGUCGUAAGGCUGCCUACUACUAGCCUUGCCUUUGAAAGUUGUUCAGCAUAUGUGUACAUGUGUGUGUAUGUGUAACAUUAUUGGUUCUGCUAGAUUUUUUACACUAUUGGUGGCCUCAAGUUGUUAAUAUUUAAAUGUUUGGGAGUCAGCAUUCCUUUGUGCUAAGGGAGCCAUCAAGCCUUCAACAACUAUAUAUAUAUUAUAUAAAUAUUUAUCUGAAUUCAGAUAAACAAAUUCUGUGAAUAUAAUGUACUGUUAUGUAAUGUAGGAUAGACACUUUCCUUGUAAAAUAGUCCCAUCAGUGAAUAUUGGUAUUCUCGGUGUUAUCAUGUUACGUACACAAAAUUGUAAAUAUACUUGUUCACUUAGAGCUGGGCAUUUUGUCAUUUCCGGAUCGUACAAUUCUCUUUUGAACUAAAAAAGAAUGGAAACUUCAAAAUUGCAGUCUUGUUCUGAAGUUAGCACUGUCAGAACCAUCAAGUGGUUCAAGUAGGUCAUCAGAGUUGCAGAAACCUGCAAUAACUAGAACUGCCAGCGGUAAUGUAUCAUGGCUGUCUUUAUUUGCAUGAUCUAGCACAGCGAUGGUCGACUAGAGAACCAGGCACAUUAGAAUUAAGUGAUUUA